GCGGGGCCGUGGGUGACACGUAAGUUGGGUGGGAGGUGGCGGCGGCCGAGGCUCGAGCAGCCCCAUCAGUGACACUGGCCCGCCGAUCCCCCGAACCAGCCGGGGCCACCAGCCCCCAGCCACCCACUAAGCAGGCGGGCCGCGCGCGGGCGGCUCGCCCGGAGUCCGGGUCCCUUUGUUGGGCGCGCACUCCCUCCUUUAGGCGGCAACAAAGUCGUGCAGGGGGAGCGGCGGGGGAGGGAAUCCAAGAGCUGCCAGGGACAGCGGGGCCGAAAAGUAGGGAGGAGGGGAAAAGGUAGGCGGCGUCCGGGGACGGGCGCGAGGGCAGCGGGCUCAGAAGUAUGCGGAGGGGCCCCUCGCGGGCUCCGGCACUCGCGGGGAGCGAGCCUCGGCCAAGUUUGGCGGCCGCUGCCCGGGCGGCGUCGAUGGCUGCGCGCCCCGCGGCGCGCGGCGGCUGAGCGGGAGCCACUUCCCCUCCGGCCCGGCUUUUGUGUCUCGCGUCCCCUCCCCAUGCUGAGUCCAGCCACCUCCUGCGGCGGCCGCUGCUGAGGCGCUCGCGCGGGCCCAGGCGGGAGGAGACGCGCGGACGACCGCGGCGCGGGUCCAGGCGGGACUAUGGGAAACGGGAUGUGCUCCCGAAAGCAGAAGCGGAUCUUCCAGACGCUGCUGCUGCUGACCGUGGUGUUCGGCUUCCUCUACGGCGCGAUGCUGUACUACGAGCUGCAGACGCAGCUGCGGAAAGCCGAGGCGGUGGCGCUCAAGUACCAGCAGCACCAGGAGUCCCUCUCCGCCCAGUUGCAAGUUGUGUAUGAACACAGAUCAAGAUUAGAGAAAUCCUUGCAAAAGGAGAGACUUGAGCACAAGAAAGCCAAGGAAGAUUUUCUUGUUUAUAAGUUAGAAGCGCAAGAAACACUGAAUAAAGGAAGGCAAGAUUCCAAUAGCAGAUACAGUGCGUUGAACGUCCAACAUCAGAUGCUGAAAAGUCAGCAUGAGGAGCUGAAGAAGCAGCACAGUGACCUGGAGGAGGAGCACCGCAGACAGGGGGAGGACUUCAGCAGGACCUUCAGUGACCACAAGCAGAGGUACUUGCAGCUACAGCAAGAAAAGGAGCAGGAACUUUCCAAACUAAAAGAAACUGUGUACAAUUUGAGAGAAGAAAACAGACAGCUCCGGAAAGCGCACCAGGACGUGCACACGCAGCUCCAGGAUGUCAAGCAACAGCAUAAGAAUUUACUCUCCGAGCACGAGCAGCUUGUAGUGACUCUGGAAGACCACAAGAGUGCGCUAGCGGCCGCGCAGGUCAGAAGGGCGGCAGCCUCGUCUUCCUCUCCAAACCGCUUACCCUCUCUGAAUUCCUUGCUGCAUCCAACUGGAGAGCCUCAGCAGGUGUCCCGGAAUAGUGACGUGUGGCAGAAGCAUGAAGCAAUUCCUGGAAGGCCAGAAGACGGGAAUCCUCAGGCUCCCACCUACCAGGAGGUGGCGCCCCAGGCUCCAGCCGCGCUGAACCAGCAGGCGGCCGCCAGCAGAGAGCCCGAGGGGCAGGUGGAAGAGGAGCACAGGCGGGCCCUGGAAGAGGAGGAGAUGCAGCAGGCUGGGCGGGCGGAGCGCCUGGAGGAGGAGCACGAACCUUCCCCAGAGGAACAGGACCGGGAGUGGAAAGAACCCCAAGGGCAAAGAGAGGAAGCCAACCGCCUGGACGGGCAUGCCCACGUGGAGGUGCAUGCUUCAUCCAAGCCGGCCACCAGGUUCCGAUCGGCCUACGAGGAGCAGCUGGAACAGCAGAGGCUGGCGGUGCAGCAGGCGGAGGAGGCGCAGCGCCUGCGGGAGCACCAGGAGGCCUUGCACCGGCAGAGGCUGCAGGGACACGUGUGGCGGCAGCAGCAGCAGCAGCUGGCCCGGGAGCUGGCCGCGCAGGCGCAGCACGCGGUGCGCGACGAGGACCGGCCCCUGCGCCCGGAGCAGCCCGGGCAGCAGGGUCAUUAUGAUGCUAUGGACAAUGACAUCGUUCAGGGAGCCGAGGACCAGGGAGUCCAAGAAGAGGAAGGAGCCUAUGAAAGAGACAACCCCCACCAAGAUGAAGCAGAAGGAGACCCAGGAAACAGACAUGAGCCUGGCGAACCAGGGCCCCCCGAAGCUGAUCCUGAGUCUGAGGCAGACAGGGCAGCUGUGGAGGAUAUAAACCCAGCAGAUGACCCUAAUAAUCAAGGUGAGGAUGAGUUUGAGGAAGCUGAGCAAGUGAGAGAAGACAAUUUGCCAGAUGAAAAUGAAGAGCAAAAGCCAAGUCAUCACAAGCAAGAGGACACAGAAAUGGGGGAACAUUUGGUGGUGGCGGGAAAUCCAGACCAGCAGGAGGAUGUCGUGGAUGAGCAGUACCAGGAGGAGGGAGAGGAGGAGGUUCAGGAAGAUUUGACUGAAGGGAAGAAAAGGGAGCUGGAACAUAAUGCUGAAGAGGCCUACGGCGAAAAUGAUGCCAAUGCUGAUGAUAAAAACAAUGGUGGAGCAGACCAGGGAGCCCGAGAUGACAAGCACCCUGAGGGCCGGGAGGAGCAGUAUGAAGAGGAGGACGAGGAGGAGGACGGAGCUGCAGCUCCGGAGAAGUCACGUCGCAGAGCUGAGAUGUAGCUGGGCCAGUCUCCACACAGGGCUCGGCCAGUGGACUCUUUUCAAGCUGCUCAAAAAUUAAAUCUGCCUACUGAACUCUAGAAUAUUUAAUUACAAAAAAUUAAGAAUUUAGACUUUAAAAAAAUUUUGUAUUAGAAAUGCUCUUACAUUUAUAUGAAUAUAUUUUGAUAACUUAGGUUAGAGCUCCUUUUGUAUUCAAGCUAAACAUGACCAAGAAGAAAACAGUAACGGAAACCUUAGUCUCUGAACCUCUUUUUUAUAGAUUCUGUGAUGCUGGAAAGAGCAUUGAUUCUGUGUAUGUUUUGGCCUCUCACUUUUCUGUCUCCUAGCAGACCCGCGUUGUACUGUUUGCCUUUAAUAAAAUAGGAGGUUUUAGAGCAGAGAGCACUGCAGGACGCUGUCCCACCUGUAAGAGAACGGCCAGUUUGCUGGCUGCUGCCCUUCUGAGCCUCUUCUGCAGAGUUCUGAUAGAAUGUUCACUGGUCUGUAGGUCCCUGGAGUGACAUCCACGUAUGGAGUGACACACGGUGGGAAAAGCCAUUUGUUUACAGAGUAAAGACAUUGUUUUUCAGACUUUUCAGAGCAGUUAGAAAAAUGUCUGGCCUUACUUAAAAUCACAGUAGUUCUGCUUGAGAGGAAUUGACUUUAAAGAUGAGAUGAUGUGAAAACUCAUGGCAGCAUCCUGGACUUGGCCGGUUCCCUUCAGUUUUCAGAUCAGGUGUGGACACAUCACCUUUCUGAAGGAUGGGUGACUCGUUUAGAAACAAGUGGCAUUUUCUGUGUGAGGACUGUUCUGAGUAUUUCUCUUCUGACAUCACCUAGGGAUAUCCUGUUUCAGUAUCAGGUCCUCCAGCGCUGUCUGUUCCCCUCUAAGCCCCGUGCCUCAGUAUAUAAUAGUCACCUGAGGCCAGGUAUGAGCAGGAGAGCACACAGACUGGACAGUUUAAUGGGAUCAUUUUUCAAAACAAUAUGGUGUUAAAUACAUGCUGAUAAGGUCGACUCUCAUGGUUCCUCUAUUUUCUGAGAUUGGGCCUGCUUUUUGUUUUGUAUAAGGCAUUUUAAUGAUUAUGAAUUAUAAUAAAUUCCUCAAAAUAAAAUUAAAAAUCAAAAACUUGGAACAGAAACACAUUUCAGUUGCAAUCAUAAAUAUUUUUAUAAUAUGUAAGACUGGGUUAUGCGAUUCAUGUAUUUGGUUUUAUAAUAAAACUGCCAAGUUAAUAAAAACAGAUUUCAUUUUCUACCAUAAUUGUAUGAAUGUAAUUUUAUUUUUUAAGAACUACACUUGUGUAUGGCUUUGAUUACCCCACUUGCCUAUCUGUGUAUGCGUUGGAAUAUUUUGUUCAGAUGAAUUUGGGAUUUCCAAUAAUCAUACGUCAAAUCUUACCUUUUCUGUAUAAAACCCCUUUAUGUAAUGUAAAAUGUAUAAUAUUGUACAUAAUACUCAGAAUACAAUUAUUUUGAUAAAUUAGUUUGUAUUUUUAAUGUCCUAGUUGCAGUAUUUAAUUAUUUGAACCAUAUUGAAACUUGGUAAUAGUUAAUAAACCUAUAAAAAGCAAGUAGUAAAUCUUUUGAA